AUGGAGGCGGCGGCGGCGUUCGGCACGUUGGAGGGGGUGGUGGGGGAGAUCACGCGGCUGCACCGCUCGCUGCCGGCGCGGCCGACGCUGGACGACGUGGAGGCGGCGGAGGCGCUCGCGCGCGCCGCGGACCGGGAGGAGCGGGCGCGUCUCGACGCCGUCGAGGCGCUGCGGAGGUCGCCGCUCGUGCCCGAGGAGCUCUUCUACGUCGCCCAGGAGAUGCACCGCGCGCUCGCCGGCUUCCAGUGCCGGGAGCAGAAGCGCGACGCCACGCGGAUCCUCGAGCUCGACGCGCUGCACGCCCUCUUUGACGACCUCAUCCAGCGGGCGUCCCAGUGCGUGCCGUCCACCUCCACCGGCGCCGCGCCGCGCAUCACCUCCACCGCCGCCGCCGGUGCUGCGUCAUCCUCGUCGGCGGCCUCAUCAGCGGGACCGUUGCCUGCUGCGGGCCGCUCCUCUUUGGUCACCAACGGCUUCAGUGGGGAGAGGACUGUGGGCACGAGCAUGGGGCGUGUCUCCAUGGAUGACAGCUACGUCAAGAAGGCCAAGGCGCCAAUGUGGGACGGCGGACUCGUGGCAGCGAGUCCACGUAAACCGGGAGGAACUGCCGCCGCAAACGCCGCGGCGGUUGGACUGGAUGACAGUUACGGAGAUGAUAAGGAGAAAAUUAGCCUCAUUAAGCUAGCUAGCAUGAUUGAAGUGGCUGCGAAGAAAGGCGCUCGGGAACUCAACUUCAAAGGAAAACUCAUGGCCCAGAUUGAGUGGAUACCUGAUUCAAUUGGAAAGCUCACUGGGCUUGUUACCCUUGAUAUUUCGGAGAAUCGGCUUGUGGCUUUGCCACCAACAAUCGGGAAGCUUUCUUCUUUGACCAAGCUGGAUCUUCAUGCUAAUCGAAUAGCUCAACUCCCUGACUCAGUUGGGGAUCUUCGCAGCUUGAUUUGCCUCGAUCUGAGGGGAAAUCAGCUUACAUCACUGCCCUCUAGUAUUGGGAGGUUGGCGAAUCUUGAGGAGCUUGACGUGGGUGCAAACCAUAUUGUCUCACUACCUGAUUCAGUAGGAAGCCUCACACGAUUGAGGAAGUUACUGAUUGAGACAAAUGACCUUGAUGAGCUGCCUUACACAAUAGGUCAUUGUGUUUCACUGGUGGAAUUGCAGGCAGGCUAUAAUCACCUGAAGGCUCUUCCAGAGGCUGUUGGGAAGCUAGAAUCUCUAGAGAUCCUCUCUGUGAGGUACAACAAUAUCAGGAGCCUUCCAACUACAAUGGCAUCUCUCACUAAGCUGAAGGAGGUCGAUGCCAGCUUCAAUGAGCUUGAGUCGAUUCCGGAGAACUUUUGCUUUGUCACUUCUCUUGUUAAACUGAAUGUCGGGAACAACUUUGCUGACAUGCAAUCCCUGCCUCGCUCUAUUGGCAACCUUGAGAUGCUGGAGGAGUUGGAUAUAAGCAAUAAUCAGAUUAGGGUGCUUCCAGAUUCUUUUGGAAUGCUGCAGCAUCUCCGUGUGCUUCGUGCGGAAGAGAAUCCUCUACAGGUGCCACCAAGGGAGAUAGCUUUAAAGGGAGCUCAGGCUGCCGUCCAGUACAUGGCUGAAUAUGCUGCCAAGAAAACUACAAAGCCACAGCCAGCGAAGGCCAAGAAGAAUUGGGCUCAGUUCUGCUUCUUCUCCAGGCCCAACAAAAGAAAGCAUGACCGGAUAGACACUGACAUGAUCGAUUGA